AUGCCGUUUCUAUUCGCUUUAAUUUCGAUAAUAAACAUUCUGUCCGUUUCGCUGAUUCUCGUGGUGUGUGGCAAGAAGGAAAAUGAAAAUAAUGGAAAUACGACUGGAAAAACUGAAAAUCAAGCCGCCGCGAAUCGAUCAAACUCGAAAGAAGUUCAAAUCUCGUUCUCGAUGGAUCAGCCGGUGACGCCGCCUAAACGAACGGAUAUUUAUCAUCAAGUCGCUGAGAGUUUCGCGUUUCCAGCAUCGUCGAAGUGCAAAAAUCAUGAUGAUGCGUGGCGGAUACUGGCGUUGUAUUUGGACUAUAUUCGUGAAGUGAAUCAAACGGAAUUCGAGAGAUUUAGAAUGCUCGACAGCGCUCUCGCCAUCCUCCACGACUUCCGUUUCGUCGAGCAAUCCGUUCAAGUGUCAAAUGAGACUCUUGCUCUUGGUGUUCUAUAUUUUCUUAUCAAUUAUCACAAGAUUAAAGUCAAUCUGGGCUCGCCGAGUCAUCCGUGGUAUAAUAUAUUGUGUCGAAAUGCGAAAAUUGAAGAGUUGGAGGCGAUUCGAUUAUUGAUAAAGCAAGAAAUGUUGGGGAUAGAUGGAUCGGAUAGUGGAGCGAGCGCAUUGGAAGUUGUGCCGUGGAAGUGA